GGUGUCCAGUGUCAGUAGCCCGCGGCGGUCGGCCGGACGCGCCCGGCACGCGGCGGACCGGGGCGUGCUGGUGGAGAGGCACGCGUCCAGGACCGGGCGGAGAAGGCGGGCGACGAUAGACUGUGAACGUUGAGAAGGAAGAGGGAGGCUGGCUGCCAUCGCUGACGCUAUAAGUCUAUCGCCGGGGACGAUGCCGGCGGCGACGCGGACUGAGAUCACGAACGACAUGCCGGCGGCGUGCCUGACAUUCUUCGUGCCACCCAACGACGGUAGCGACACGACCAACCGCGAGCUCCUGUCGCGCAUCAGGAGGACGGGGAAAUUCGACAGGAGCGGCACGACGUUCGUCACCACAGAGCCCAACGACAUGUACCGCAGAGGGGGUCAGUUUCCCGUGUUUCACGUGGAGGAGAGCCCGGCAGCUCUGAGACCUCUGCUGGGGGACGGGCCCGGUCAGCCGCGGCUCCUGCCGUCCGGCCUCAUCGACGACAGGACACUCACCCAGCAGGGGUUGUUCCGACAGGUGCACAAGUUUGCAUUUGAUGGCGUUAGCCCAGAGUCGAGCGAGACGGCGUGUAUUCUGAUGGCGUUCAAGUCCAUGCAGCAGCAGCACGAUCCAGAGCUGAUAACUCACUGGAAAACCUGGACCGGUGCGCGCGGUCUUCUGGUGGAUUUCGGCACCGACGUGGCCCCGCGCAGCGCCGCGUUCUACGUGCGGCAGCGGCCCGAGCGCGGCGACCAGUUCAUGUACGUGGUGCUGAUCCACGUGCACGUCACAGAGGACACGUGGUGCAUCGUGCGACACCUGGUGCAGAGGUUCCGGGUGGAGCGACAGUUCGGUUACAUUAGUGUCUACAAGGAACAUCGCCUGGGCAGACCCAAGUCGGGGGCUCGCUGACUCGAGGAGUGCUCGUCUAUUACGAGUACCUACACUACGCAUUGAAGAAAUCUGCACAUGCUGCUCUUUGAUAAGUGUGUAAUGCACGGCUCAGGUUCUUGCCUACCUGUCAAGUCAUUCAUCAAUCUAGAUGAAGUUCAUUAUUUUAAGGACUAUGACCGUUCCCUUUUCAACUUUUGGUCGAUUUAAGUGAAUGACACAUCUUUGAUAAGUUUACUAUUUAUCAAUAAUAACGUCUGACUUAUUCAGAUAAAUUUGUAUCGACUCUAUGUAUAUCUGUUGUUUUUCUUGUAAGAAAAGCUUGUUUAUAUUAGCGUUAUGUAUCAUCAAGUUAUAUCAGGCACGUUAUGGACGCAUUUCGUCCUGGAAAUAUAGGUAGUGCGACGGUGUUUGA